AAACUCCGCCACUGAUUAAGCUUUAUCAUAGAUCUAUUGGAUUUGUUUGUUCUAUAUAAGAAGUUCAACCCAAGCUGCAGCUUCAUUCAGUUGCAAGAUGAAGACGUUCGUACUGCUCGUUGCCUGCCUGGCUGCCGUUGCCAGCGCCGAAUGGAUCGAGAUCGACUGGUCCAGGGUGCGCCCGAUCGAGGAGUUCGAUCACUACUGGGAGCGUCUGCCGCAGGAGCUGCAGAUCUAUCGGCACGUCCGUCCAUCGCACCGCGUCACCAAUGGGCAGGAAGCGACGCCUGGCCAGUUUCCGUACCAAAUCGCACUGGUGAGCGAGUUCGUUAUUACGAGCGGUCUGUGCGGAGGCUCCGUCCUGACCAAUAACUUCAUCCUGACCGCAGCUCACUGUGUCGUUGGAACGGCCGGCAUCCUUGCGUCCGGUGGUACCGCCAUCAUUGGCGCACACAACCGCAACACUGCGGAAGCGUCGCAGCAGCGCAUCCGCUUCUCCGGUCCCGGUGUGAUCCCACAUCCGUUCUAUGCCUCCAGCAAUCUGCGUAACGACAUCGCGGUGGUACGGUUGGAUGCUCCGAUCGUGUUUAACGAUCGUGUGCAGCCCGUCCGCUUGCCGGCCCGCUCAGACACCCGCCAGUUCGGUGGCUUCCUGGGAACCGUGUCCGGAUUCGGUCGCACGUCGGACGCUAGCACGACUACCUCGGAUGUUGUGAUGUUCACGACCAACCCAGUGAUGACCAACGCUGACUGCAUUGCCCAAUGGAACAGUGCCCUGAUCGAGCCCCAGCAAGUGUGCCUGAGCGGUGAGGGAGGACGCUCGGCCUGCAACGGUGACUCCGGUGGCCCGCUGGCUGUGCAGGACGGUGGCAGUCUCCAGAUCGGUGUUGUGUCGUUCGGAUCGGCUGGAGGUUGCUCGAUCGGUAUGCCGUCGGUGUACGCUCGUGUGUCGUUCUUCCUGGACUGGAUCGUUGCCAACUCUGACUUUGUUGCGGCUGCCUAAGUCCGUAUGUGAUCUGCGAUAUUGGUGAUAUAAGAUUAGGAUUUUAAUAAAAAAAUUUAUU